GAUUGGCUGCAUCAAUAUCUACAAGAAGGCAACCUUUGUACAGUGGCACAUCUACCUGUGUAAGCUUUGUUUGGUGGCGACGGGAUCUGACAGUUCGCUCGCUGCAUUCCUGCUUGGGGUCAUCCAGCUUGCCCUCUUCUGCCACCUGGAGGCCAUCCAAUACAAGGUCAACAACUUUAGAUGCAUUAAAUUACCUUUGGAAAGCACUUAUAUGGCCUCAGACAACUCGCUCCAGUCUCAGUCACAGCUACCGGCCGGUGAGAACUACCGGAAGAGCUCUCUAGGUUCCUGCUACAGGAAUUUAGCUAUGGGCAACAGAUGGAACAGCUGGUACCUCCCAGCAGCCCUGGGCAUUCUGAGCAUGUUCUCCUUCACGGCCCUGCUCCUCAUUUUGGUGGGAAUCCACAAUGUCACACUGCCUCCAGAUAACAAGUAUGGGCUGGUGUUUGAUGCGGGCUCAUCCCAUACCUCGCUGUUCAUCUACCAGUGGCCAGUGGACAAAGAGAACAACACAGGCGUGGUCAGCCAAACCUUCUCCUGUUAUGUCAAAGGGGGCGGGAUAUCAAGUUAUGCUGAAAACCCUCCGCAGGCAGGUGCCUCCCUCGAGGAAUGCCUGGAUGCUGCCAUGACCGUUAUCCCCCGAGAAAGGCAGCAGGAGACGCCAGUUUAUCUGGGAGCCACAGCUGGCAUGAGACUGUUGAGAAUGGAGAAUGAGUCUGCAUCAAAACAAGUUCUGGAAGAAGUUGCCAAGACUAUCAAGCAGUAUCCUGUGAGUUUCCAAGGGGCUCAGAUCAUCAGUGGAAACGACGAAGGCGCUUACGGCUGGAUCACUAUCAACUAUCUGUUGGACUCCUUCACCAAGUAUUCUGCUAAAGACAGAGGAUGGAUUCACCCCCCUUCAACCAAUAUAUUGGGCGCAUUGGAUCUUGGAGGGGCAUCAACCCAGAUUAGCUUUGUUCCAGCUGGCCAGAUCACUGAUCCAAACGAAGCCGCUCACUUCCGACUCUAUGGGUUUGAUUACACCAUCUAUACCCACAGCUACCUGUGCUAUGGUCAGAACCAAGCCUUCCAGCACCUGAUCCGGAUUCUAAUCAAUUCAAGCUCAUCAGAUCGGAUCGAUCACCCUUGCUAUCCAAAGGGCUACACUUCAUCCAUCACAACUGAGUCUGUCUAUAGCAGUCCAUGUGCCAAGCAAUCAAACCCACCUCCAGCCUCGAAGAACUUUACCCUGGUGGGCACAGGCAAUGCUAUCCUUUGCCGGGAAGCCUUCAAGAGUAUUUUCAACUUCACAAACUACAAAUAUAAUAUAUCCUCUGGUUUCAACGGGGUCUACCAGCCUAAGGUCAACGGGAAAUUUCUGGCCUUUUCUGCCUAUUACUAUACCUUCAAUUUCCUGAACUUGACUGAAACUCAGCCACUGGCCACUGUUGAAGAUACUAUCAAGACGUUCUGUGCCAGGGAUUGGGACGAAGUGAAAUCCACCUACUCCAGCGAGAACGAGGCCCAUCUGAAAAACUACUGUGCUAGUGCCAACUACAUCCUUACUAUCCUGCUGGACGGUUACGGCUUUGGAACGGACACCUGGAACAACAUUGCCUUCCAGAUGCGGGCUGCCAACUCGGAAAUUGGUUGGACUCUGGGCUACAUGCUCAACCUCACCAAUAUGGUCCCCUCAGAGGCCCCUCUACAGCUGAAAGGGCAAGAGGAACCGAUGUGGGCAGCCAACGUUUUCUUCAUUGCCGCUGUGCUGGCAAUCUGUAUGGUCCUGCUGAUGAUGUAUUUACUGCGCUGAGACAAAGCAACCACAGUUUGGACUGUUCACCUCCCCACAGCCUCUGUGUGGGUUAAGGUGGGGCAGUCAGCUCACCAGCCCCUCAGCGGACCCACAAGCAAGCAAACACUAAACAGAUUGGCGGGAGCCACCAAGCCACACCAGCUUCAACUCUCUAAGUCCCAAUGGGACCAACAUAGGCUACUUGCCCAACUAACAAUGAUAAUGCCCUUUCUUUUCAGAAGUACAUGCAGUAUAUAAUUUAUUGUACCAUAAUCCCCCCUCCCCAGCAGUGCAUUAGCUACGUAAACCGUAAAGUCCCUAGUAAGGAACUUAUCUCUUCCAUGAGUUGUUGCAAUGGUCAGCGGCAAGCUGCUUUCUUUCUCAUCAACCCCCCCCCCAAAAAAACACGGGGUGAUGAUAAGAUAUCUUAUUGUCUUUGUCCCCUCGCGGGAACAAUGAAAUUACUGUCCUAUGCUGCAGGAAUCUCCUAAGACACUGGGAAUAAUGGAGGUAGGGCCUUGACCUCCCUCGAAAGCACUCUAGCAAUAUUAUUAGUAAUGAAAAUUAAUUGUAAUAGGAAUGAAUUUACAAGUACUAUUGUUUCUCAUCCAGUGUUUACUGGGCCAGUAGUUCACUGGUGCAGGGUGCCAGGAGUCAGUCGGACAGGAGCUACAGUGGUCUGAUUCAGAUCUGGAAGAGGAACUGCCUGGGGUGGGACCCCCAAAGAUGCAGGGACUAAAAACACUAUGCAAAUACUGUAAAUGCUUGGGGGAGUUGAUUCUAUGGGGCUGGUUCUCAUCUCCCUGUUGUGGACAGCUAGUUACAUCCUUCUUCUUCUUCUUCUUCUUCUUCUUCUUCUUCUUCUUCUUCUUCUUCUUCUUCUUCUUGCACUAAAAUAUUUUUGUGGGUGAACGGAUCUCUCUCAACCCAAUCAGGAACAAACCUUCCACAAGACUUAAGGCAUGUGCAGGCUGUCUUCAUUUUCCCCUUGAGAUUCCAUCACAUACCAGCAAAAUUCAAAUUUGAAAUGAAAUUGAAUGUGGAGUACUUGGGCAACAAAAAGAGACCUGGACUUUUGUGGCAAGAAAUGCGAUGGGAAAAUGUGUGGGAUAGCACAUGACACGACACCAUAGAAAUUCCCUGCAGACAAAUUGGAAUGAGUGUGCAAUAAAUACCGGUAGUUGGACAUUGUAUGACCUCCCUGCAAACUUUGCACAAACAAAUCAGGACAAAUGUUCAAUAAACAGGUCAUCAGGAACUGACCUCACAGUGCUCGCUUGAAAACUUUAAAAUUCUUUUUAUUGCACAUUUCUCAAAUAAAAACUUUGCUAAGUGUUUACUGUGGACUUAUGAAACCAGGAAUUAUCUGCGGUGCUCUGCUUUUAUUGAAGGAUUUGGUAAUGAAGACCAAAUCUGGCUUUCAGAGAAACUUAUCUUUCAUGAAGGAAGCUUCGCACUAGUCCUUAUGGAUUUAUGAAACCAAGGAUUACCCAGUGCAGGAUUUGGUAUUGGAGGCAGGGUUUGGCUUCCAUGACUGGCUGGGGAUGAUGGGAGUUGGGAUAGUCCAAAAGAGCUGAGGGUGCCAGGUUGGGGGAAGCUGGCCUUACAGGCGUAGAUGGCUGUAAAAAGGGGGCGGAGACAAAUUCAGGGAGCUAGAUCCACAGCAUACAUUUGAAGCACACCUAAUGCAUAUUUAAAGGUUGUAAUAUCUACCAAAGAAUCCUGGGAACUAUAGUUAGUUAAAGAUGCUGUGAAUUGUAGCUUUGUAAGGGGGAACCAACAUGAAGCUCAACAUCAAAAAAAACCAAGAUCAUGGCCACUGGUCCCAUCACCUCCUGGCAAAUAGAAGGGGAAGAAAUGGAGGCAGUGAGAGAUUUUACUUUCUUGGGUUCCAUGAUCACUGCAGAUGGCGACAGCAGUCACAAAAUUACAAGACGCCUGCUUCUUGGGAGAAAAGCAAUGACAAACCUAGAAAGCAUCUUAAAAAGCAGAGACAUCACCUUGCCGACAAAGGUCCGUAUAGUUAAAGCUAUGGUUUUCCCAGUAGUGAUGUAUGGAAGUGAAAGCUGGACCAUAAAGAAGGCUGAUCACCGAAGACUUUAUUCUUUUGAAUUAUGGUGCUGGAGGAGACUCU